UUGCAUUUUGGUUUCGGCAUUUUUUUGUUCCGGCCGCUGAGGGAGAUUAAAGUUUUAGUUUUGUGGCCGUAAAAGUAAAUGAAUAUUGCAAACUCCUUCGUAAAUCAAAUACCAAGACGAAUUAUGUCCUAUUAUGCAGUGGCAAUUGGCCGAGAAAUUGGCAUAUAUGAUACGUGGUCAAAAUGCGAGGAGAAAAUAAAAGGAUACAGGGGAGCACGCUAUAAAAAAUUCCCUUCAUUGGAGGAUGCCAAAUCAUUCAUAUAUGAACACCACAAACAUAGACUCAGUUGGGAGGAUAUUGCAAAAUAUGCCGAAAAGUAUGAGGACCCCAUGAAAAAAGUGGCGCCAGUGGCUGCACCGAUAACAAUGCCAGUGGAAGAUUUUUGGCCUCCCAGUGAUGGCGAUACUUAUGAUGAAAACCAAAUAAGCGAUCAUGAUUUGUUAAUGGCUUUGGCAGAAGUUGAAGGAUUGCCAGAACCCAUGAGGGCACCAAAGCGUAAGAUGGAAUCCAUUGCCAGCAGUUCGACAAGUAAAAUACCCAAAUAUGAAUCGACGGAUUGUCAAUCGACUGGUUUAAAGCACAUAGGCAACUUUGAGUUUCACAUUGAUGCCGAGGGCUAUGUUAUAGCUUAUACUGAUGGUUCCUGUUUUAAUAAUGGCCAAGCUAAUGCCUGCGCUGGUUAUGGAGUGUAUUUUGGAGACGAACAUCCUCUUAACAUUGGAAAGCCUGUAGAGGGUAGAGUCACCAAUAAUGUUGGUGAAAUUCAGGCUUCCAUUUAUGCCAUAAAGACGGCAAAAUUAUUGGGCAUCAAAAAAAUUGUUAUUUGCACAGAUUCCCAGUUUCUUAUAAAUUCUGUAACGCUUUGGAUGAAGGGUUGGAAAGCCAAAAACUGGAAAUUAAGAAACGGUGACCCUGUUAAGAAUGUGGACGAUUUCAAACAAUUGGAUGAAUUACUCAGCGGAAAGGAGGUGGAUGUAAAAUGGAAUUAUGUAGCUGCUCACAAUGGCAUUAAAGGCAAUGAAAUGGCCGACAGCUUGGCUCGACAGGGAUCUGAAAUCUAUAAACGUUUGCAUUGGAAUAAGUGAAUGUGGAUAUGCAUUUAAAUUUUUAUUUAGGAUAACAUUUGAAUCAGACAUUAAGAUCAGAAAUUAAAAUCGGUAAACCAAUUUCUCUGUGUGGUACAAAAGUA